GGGUGCAGACACAUCAGUGCAUAACUGCCUAGUUGUACAUAGAGUACAUAGUUAAUGAGAGACUGGGUUGCUUAGUCAGUUAGUCAGUGUGUAUGACUUAGGUCCUAAGUCAUUCAGUCAGCAUGCAGAGCAACAUCUACAGGCAGCAGAAUGAGCACUUUGAAGUCUUUACCACUGUCCUCUCCCCACAAGUUCACCGGGGACGAUGCCAAUUCAGACAGGCAGAGGCUGACCAGAUGGUGGUAAAGCGCAGCUACAAGCCCCACUGGCCAGAUGAGCUGGCGCUGACCCGGGGGGAGUUCAUCCUGGUUCUGUGUAAAGAUGAUGAGGCCCGGUGGUUUGGGCGGCUGCAAAACGGACAGCAGGGAUACUUCCCGGCCUCGCAUGUUGUGGAGCUGAGCCACCAGGACGAUGAGCCAGCUAAAGACGUCCACCGCUUAGCGAGACGGGGUUCAGCUCCGGCCACGUAUGCAGGUGGUACUGGCGCACUCAGGCUGCAGGCCCUCCGCAGAGCCAGCAGAGCAGCGGCAGGAGGGGGGCCGGAGGGGGCCGAGGGGGAGAGAGAGGGCCCCAUCCUGAUACUGAAGUCCCAGAUCUCUCUCCCUAACAGGCUGCCCCAGCCCCUGCCCCAACCCCAGCCACAGGCACACAGCUCCCCAAGUUUCCUCCACAGGAUCCUAUCCAAGCACCGUCGGAGGAGUGAUUGUCAUGGGUCCAGCAACACGGGCUACAUGGCCGACUAAGAUGCUACGAUGGACGGUGGUGUGUGGGGAGAGAAACAGGCACAAGAGGGGAAAGGAGGGAGGAGAGAGGAGGAGAUUGGGUAUAGCGAAAAGUGACUACAUUUUGUGCCCACCCCCAAUGGGGCCAGGUAGGGUUGCCAUAGUUACAUCACUAAUGCUAGUCUAUGACUGAACUGCUGGCUGCAUCAUUGGAGAGCUGGAGUGAGGGUAACUACUUCCCUGCCUCCUCUGUAAAGUGUUUAAGAAAUAUCAAUGGUGUACCGUAUAUACAUUUUCCGGGAUUAAGAUGUGACAUUAAGCAAGCCGUAAAUUGAAGGGUUGAAUAGGGGGAUCAGAUUUAUGACUAUAUUUUAUGAAGCUAACUGUGUUUACUUCAGCCAAAUAAUGUUCCAUGAGUCUGCUUGAGCUUUCUGUUCCAUGAGUCUGCCUGAGCUUUCUGUUCCAUGUUGUCAUCCAUAUUAGGCUGUAUUCUCUGCAACUAUGACGUUCCAGAGCAGCACUAAAUCAUUGAUAUAUUUCCUUUUGACUAUAAAUUGUUCAAUUUCAUUUGUGUUAAACCCAACAUCAGCCAAGAAUGUAUUUUUCAUAAAAAAUAAUCAAACCCGUACUUGCGGCUGAUAUCCCUUAAUUCUAGUUAGUAACAUAUUCCACUACAGCAUGUACCACGGCAAGAGUCUUCCAUUCAACGGAACUGAAAAAAGCCCUGCGAAGUGAGAGGAUGUGUGAUUGAGGCGUGUUGAAAGGCACUGCCAAAGGAAAUGGCAUCAUUAUUGUGAAGGUUGCCCAGGCAAUGGUAAAACAGCUCUCUCUCUCUGGGCUCAACACAGUCUUCAGUGGUACCUCCCAGCAUGGCCACGACUGGAGUACGCUGUAGAAUGUAUCCUUUGAAAGGGCAACGCUGUGGAAUGUAUCCUUUGGAAGGACUAAAGCUCCAACUCUCUAAUCCUAAUCCUAACCUUGACCUCUAUUAGAUUUAGACACCACAUCCACCAGCCCAGUGAUGUGUCCAUUGAUAAACUUAGAUCAGAUCUAUUCUAACAAGGACCAUAUCCCCGCCUGAUAUGUGAGAUUAUGGCACUAGCAAGCAGUAAUGCGAACUACAGGGAAUGCUGGUUAAAAAGGUAAGCGUUUAAAAAAAAACACCAAAGCCAAAAGCCGUCCUGUAAUUUAUGACUAGUUGCAUGGUCAGUCUGAACCUCUGUGUUGUUGAAGAUGGAAGCAGAAAUAGUGUCUGAACAGUUUUCCAACAUCUUGGUGUUCCUUCGCACAUCUUCCUGAUUUCUUAGUAUGUGAUAUAGGAUGUUUGAUGCUGGAGGCCUGGCCGCCACAGCCAUCUGCUGAGAAAGGCUUAGCGCCUCUGAGAGAGGAGAAGCUUUCCCCCUCUGACUGGCCUCUCCUCUCUCUACUCUCCUUCAUCCAUUCAUUCAUUCAAUCAGUGCUUUAAUUAUCUCUAAUCCAGGGUCAAACUCUGCCUCUCUCUAACUCCUGGAAUAAAGCCUUGCUAUGUGGAUUAUUGUGGUUGACAUCCAGUGGGGACAGUGACAGCUACACACAGAGUGACAGAGGCCCUACUCUCAUAGAGGCUAGAGGUCCAGAGGGCUGGUGUGUGUGUAGAGGGGGGAUGUUCACCUGCCUGACACCUGUUCUUUCCCCUCCUCACCUGUGGAGCAGCAGAUGCUAUGCAGGAGAGUGCUGAGCCCUGCCCCACCCCCAGUGAACACAGUCUGUACCCCUCA